AUGAGCUUCUCAAUUCACGGUAGAACUGUCGCGUUGUGCAGCGGUGACAGCGUUGUUAUUUAUAACCUUGACAGCAAAAUCGACAGAGUCGUUAGUUUGCCAAAACUCGAGCUCGAAAAAGAAAUCAAAGACCAUAACAGAGAGGAAAUCGAGUCAUUUCAUACACUAACGUACAUCGAGUUUUCAAAGGAUGGCAGAUACUUUCUGGUGUGCACUAAUCGUAAGCAGUUGUGUUUGUACAAGACUGAGACCUGCGAGCUAGUUUCUAAUCGAGCAAUGGUCCGAGCUGUGAGUAGAGUGAGAUUCAUGCCCAGCAACGAUAUUGUAGUAGCUGAUAAGUCUGGAGAUGCAUACAUGUUUUCUGCUUCCAAGCCAAGCGAGAAGGGAGAGUUGUUGCUUGGGCACCUGUCUAUGCUGUUGGACGUUUUGGUGACGGACGAUAAAAAACUAGUUAUUACUGCUGACAGAGAUGAGAAAAUAAGAGUUUCCAUGUACCCUAAUAGUUAUAAUAUUGUGUCCUACUGUUUGGGGCACAAGAAUUUUGUUACCAAUGUGGCUAUUGUUCCCCAUGACAAGAAUCUCCUGGUAUCCAGUGGAGGAGAUGGUACUCUCAUGUUCUGGGAUUUUAAGAGGGGCAAGGAGCUUUUAACUGUUUAUUUUCACGAGAAAUUGUCUCAAAAUGAUUUAAUCAAACUAAAUAAGACUUUAAAGGAGAAUGAUUUGGAGGACCAAGUGACUGUGUCACCUGUGAAACACAUCAAACUAUUACAAGUAACUAAUGAUAGCUCCAUCAUUGCAGUUACGUUUUAUUGUACUAAUGUGAUACUAGUCUAUGGCAUUUAUUGUAGUGAGAGUAAUCUCAGUGUAGAAUAUUUAGAUUUGAUCACGGUUCAAAGCGAACCAAUGGAAAUUGAUUGUCACAAAAAUCAACUGUGGGUUUUGACUGAUUCAAAAAUUUUCAUUUUUGAAUUUAUCAGUCAAAAAUUUGUCAGUAAUGAUAAUUUAAAUGACGAGAUCGAAAAAUUAAAUGACUUGUGGAAAAAAGUACACAAUGGCUCAACAAGGACACUAUUGCCUAUUUUAUAUAAAAGAAAAUAUAAUAAUGUACAAGAAUACAAAGAAAGAAAAAAAUUGAGAUUAAUAAAUAACACUAAAUGA